GGUGCUGGAUUUUGAAUGAGAAUCUCUCCAUCAUAUUAGCGCUCUCAUGGCUGGGAGUGAAUUUUUAUCUGUUUAUUGACACCUUCUAUUGGUACGAAGAGGACGAGUCUUUCCUUUAUACACGAGUUAUUCUGGGUUCAACACUGGCUUGGGCUCGAGCAUCUGCCGUGUGCCUGAAUUUUAACUGCAUGCUAAUUCUAUUACCAAUCAGUCGAAACCUUAUUUCAUUCAUGAGAGGGACAAGUAUCUGCUUCCGAGGACCAUGGAGGAGGCAAUUAGACAAAAACCUCAAAUUCCACAAACUGGUUGCCUAUGGGAUAGCCAUUAAUGCAACCAUCCACAUCGUCGCUCACCUGUGUAACCUGGAGCGCUACCACUGGGCCCAGUCAGCGGAAGCAGACGGAUUUCUGGCUGCACUUUCCAAACUUGGCGACACCCCAAACGAAACCUACCUCAACCCUAUCCGGACCUUCCACACGAGCACGAUCACUGAGACACUGACGACCAUCUCAGGCAUUUCGGGCCUGUUGAUCUCUCUGGCUUUGACCUUGAUCAUGACCUCUUCCACCGAGUUCAUCCGCCAGAUGUCCUAUGAGUUAUUCUGGUACACACACCAUGUUUUCAUCAUCUUCUUUAUCAGUCUGGCUGUCCACGGGGCAGGGCGGAUUGUCCGAGGUCAAACCCCCGAGAGUCUGUCGCGGCACAACGUCACCUUCUGCAGAGAUCACCACGCCGAGUGGCACACAGCGGUCCGGUGCCCCGCGCCUCAAUUUUCUGGCAAGGAACCUUCGGCUUGGAAAUGGGUUUUAGGCCCCGUGGUCCUGUAUGCAUGUGAAAGAAUAAUUAGGUGCUGGCGAUUUCAACAAGAGGUUGUCAUUACCAAGGUGGUAAGCCAUCCAUCUGGAGUCCUGGAACUUCGCAUGAAAAAGCGUAACUUUAAAAUGGUGCCGGGGCAGUACAUCCUGCUCCAGUGCCCAUCCAUAUCCUCGCUGGAGUGGCACCCCUUCACCCUCACCUCCGCUCCCCAGGAGGAUUUCUUCAGUGUGCACGUCCGGGCAGCAGGAGACUGGACAGAAGCUUUGUGUAAAGCCUUUGGGGCAGACGGACAGCCUCUGCAGGGGCCGCGGAGCCUGCCCAGGAUGGCAGUGGACGGGCCAUUUGGAGCUGCACUGACGGAUGUGUUUCACUAUCCCGUGAGCCUGUGCAUUGCUGCAGGAAUAGGGGUCACUCCCUUCGCCUCGCUUCUGAAGUCCAUCUGGUACAAAUGUUGUGAGCCACAAACCCAGCUGAAGCUGAGCAAGGUGUAUUUCUACUGGAUUUGCCGGGACCCAAGAGCUUUCGAGUGGUUUGCUGAUCUCUUACUCUCGCUGGAGACACGGACGAGAGAGCAAGGGAAAGCUCACUUUCUGAGUUAUCAUAUAUUUCUUACUGGCUGGGAUGAAAAUCAGGCUUUUCACAUAGCUCUACACUGGGACGAAAAUACUGAUGUGAUUACUGGAUUAAAGCAGAAAACCUUCUAUGGAAGACCUAACUGGAAUAAUGAGUUCCGUCAGGUCGCCUACAGUCACUCCAGCAGCGACAUUGGCGUGUUCUUCUGUGGACCCAAAGCUCUCUCAAAGAUAAUUCAAAGAAUGUGCCGUCUAUAUUCAUCAGCCGACCCCAGGGGGGUUCAUUUUUAUUACAACAAAGAAAGCUUCUAG